AUCGCAAGACAUGUUGAUUGUAGGGCAGUGUAAAAUCGGUUUCUCCCCGGCAAACAUUCUUAUCCUACCCAAAGCGACGAUACUAUCUUUCUCCCUAUGAUACGUCGACGCUGAUUGGAUGACGGGCAGCGAUGAGUUUCCCCUCUCCGGAAAUUUUUUAAGAAGAUGUAUCAUAUACUACAAACCAAAACUGUACGACACGAAUAAUCGCACUGCUCUCGGAUUUACAACCCGGUAGUGUUCAGACGUCCAAACGGGCAGCACACUGAAUACCUGUUAGUAUUUUGCGGAAGGUGUUAAUUGCAUUUCGGAAUGGCGGAUGUAAGACCCGAAUUACCUGAAGGUUACUUGGGUGCUCAGGGGUCAUUCGGGGAACUUGGUUUGAGUGUUUCAAGCCACAGUGACCCCUGUAUCACGGUCAGGGAAAAUCACCUGUGUGUCAAGUUCCAGUGCGGCAAGCAAGUAAAAUUCACACAUCAGUUGAUCAACUGUUGCACAGAGAAGGAAAAUAACGAAUAUGUGUUCACUCAUACGAAGGACAAUAUUGUCGAGUUUGUGAUACAGCUUCCGGAGAUGGGCUACUACAAGCUCCAGUUGUUUGCCCUGCCCGUGUCCGACGAUAGUAAGUCCCUUCCUAAUGUCUUCAAUUACCUGAUCCACUGUACGCGGGCAAUGCAGCCCGUGUAUCCCUACCCCAAACAGUAUGCACAGUGGAAGGAAGGAUGCUACCUGAAUAAGCCCCUAAUCCUUCACAACGAGGCUAAGCUAACCAAUAUCCAGUGGAGCGUGCAUGUGCCACGCGCUAAGGGCGUGGCUAUAGUAGCCGACGGGGAGUGGUUCCACUUUGAAAAUCGCGGGGGACCGGUUUGGGAAGGCACUUUAAGUCUGGACCAACUCCGGGGCAAGAACCCCAAGAUCACCUUAAAUGCCAAUCUUUCGGACGACGAGACAAAGUACUGUACGUUACUGGAAUACAAGCUAUAGAGUGAUACAACAGAAGGCAAUGCUAGAUUCAGUACAUUACAUUAUAACAUGAACGAAGGAAACAUAGACAGUAUUUAUUUGAAAAAGUUGACCUACGUGUGUGACAUGCACUGAGGUCUGGGAUAGUUUGUGGCAGAAUAGGACUUAUUUAUAUAUACUUUUUUACGAGUGUUGCUGGCUUUCGCUGGAAAACGUACUGUACAUUAUGUAUUGCUUAUGAAAUGGACACUCGAGUUAACAGGUUUUGGCUGUUCUGCAUGGUCCGCCGCUGAUAUUUUAUCGCCAAGUGUUGCUUGUUGUCAUGGAAACACUCGAGGGAGGGUAGCUUGGACAGGCGUUUCGUCACAGUGGAGACGAUAGUUUCGUACAUUUUGUAAAACUCGAAAAAGUGCCAAGAUGUCUCAACUAGCUGGAACUGGAUUAUUUACUUUGAACUCGACAAAUGUGAAAUGUACGAAAGACGUCGCAUUAUUUGUGACAAGCCAUACCAAAGUGGAGCCGAAUAACCUGUCUUAGUACCAUUUAUCUCCGCUAGGUUUCACUUAUUUAUACUUUCGUAUUUUCAAAUUGAAACUAAGCAAGAAUCAAAGAAACUAAGGGAGGUAAUUCGGUAUUUACCAUUUUGGUUGGAUCGCCAAACUAUCUUCAGAAUCCAUGACUAUGUUUAGUAGUCAAGCUGUCCGCUUAUAUGUGAUCACACCAUUUUAAAUUUUAAGUCAUUUUUAUUUGUGUUUUGUUUGGAAA